CACACACACACACACACACAUACACAUACACACACAAACAUGGCUGCCUCUGUUUCACCGCUACGCUCCUCCUUCAGGAUUUGUAGCCCGCUAGCGCUUCACCAUCACUGCUGCCGGGCCAAACUGCGGAUGCACAGAAAAUGCGAAAGUCAAAGGAGAUAUCUGCACCAGUCGGCGACCAGGCAUGCCGCUGUGGUGAUUUCGGGGACAGUGAUGGCUCGUCAGCUCCACAGAGAAAUCCAACGUGAUGUGGAAGAGCUGGUAGCUCAGGGUAACAUGAGACCCCACCUAGGAGUGGUCUUAGUGGGAGAUGACCCAGCCAGUCGUACCUACGUUAGGAACAAGACCCGGGCUGCCAGUAUACUGGGUAUUUCCAGUGACACUGUGGUGCGGCCUAGCUCGGUCUCCCAGGAGGAGUUGUUGGAUCUGAUUGACAAGAUGAACCGUGAUUGGAGGGUCAGUGGACUGUUGGUGCAGCUGCCACUUCCUGACCACAUAAAUGAAAGAGCAGUGUGUAACGCCAUCGCUCCAGAGAAGGAUGUGGAUGGCUUCCAUAUUGUGAAUAUUGGUAAGCUGUGUUUGGACCAGAGAUCCAUGGUGCCUGCCACACCUGCAGCUGUCUGGGAGAUCAUCAAAAGAGCAGGUAUUGAGACUGUGGGAAAGAAUGUGCUGGUUGCUGGUCGCUCCAAAAAUGUUGGAAUGCCCAUUGCGAUGCUGCUGCACACUGAUCGCAACCAUGAACGUCCUGGGGGUGAUGCCACAGUGACCAUCGCCCACAGGUGUACACCGAGGGAACAGCUGAAGGAGCUAACAAGCCUGGCUGACAUCAUUAUUGCAGCUGCAGGUGUUCCCGGGCUGAUCACAGCAGAUAUGGUGAAAGAGGGCGCAGCAGUCAUCGAUGUGGGCAUUAACCGCAUCCAGGACCCGAAUACAGGGAAACUGCGGCUCAUCGGUGACGUGGACUUUGAGGGAGUGAAGGAGAAGGCAGGUUUCAUCACACCUGUUCCCGGAGGUGUGGGUCCGAUGACAGUCGCCAUGCUGAUGAAGAACACUGUGACUGCUGCCAGAAACGCACUGAUGCAUUAACAUAUUCACAGACACACUAUAAAGGCAUUCAUUUUAAUGAAUGAUAUACAGUACAUACAGUAUAGGCAUAUAUAUACAUACAGCACAUACAUCAGUUUGUUACAUAUACAUACAGACAUAUACACACACACUUUUAUUUAAAACUCCAUGAGCUGAAGACUCCAUACCUGCUGGGAAACUUACAUGUAUGUUUAUAUUGUGAAUUUGUUUGUUUGUUUAUUUCUGUUAUUUAUUUCAAAGUUCACUUUUUAAAAAUUUAGAUUAAUAUUUUUUCUACUGAAGUCAUUUUGGUUCACUUUUGAACAUUCCAGAUUAACUGGAAACAGAUAAUUAAAUAAAAAACAAUGCUGUGCCAAUA